GGGGCUGGGUCUGCGCUCCAGUCUCCUCAUUUCAGACACAUAUCCAGGAAGAGACGCAGCAGUAACAGGGUUGGGCUCUGCUACAGAUUUGGCAGUGAGCUUUUCCUCAGGCAGGCGUUUGGUCACUGGUUUAUUUCCAAACCUGUGAUCCCCGCCGGUCGGUGCUGCGUCCUGACGUCAGGAUAUUAUAAGGAGCGGAACCGGAGCGGCGGGGCAGACGGCGGGGCUGAAGGGAAGAAAGGAUACGGACCAUGCUGAUCUGAUUCCUCACUGACUGGGCUUUCUGUGUUAGAGCACAGUCUGAGCAGAAGAGGGGGGCUUUUGAGUCCUGAGAGUUGCAGCUAUGGGGAAGGACUACUACAAGACCCUUGGGAUCACCAAGGGCUCCAAUGAGGAUGAGAUCAAGAAGGCCUAUCGGCGCAUGGCACUGCGUUUCCACCCAGACAAGAACACAGAUCCAAAUGCGGAAGAGAAAUUCAAAGAAAUCGCAGAGGCCUAUGAGGUACUCAGCGACCCAAAGAAAAGGGUGGUUUACGACCAGCUGGGAGAGGAAGGUUUGAAGACAGGAGGCAGCAGCUCUUCAGGUGUUCCUGGGAACUCGACGCACCACUACACUUUCCAUGGAGACCCCCAUGCCACCUUUGCCUCCUUCUUCGGGGGAUCCAACCCCUUCGAUGUGUUCUUCGGCUCCAGCCACAGCCGCUCCAACGGUUUCCCUUUCCACAGUGAUCACAGCAACGGAGCAGAGCAGGAUGCAGAAAUGGAUGAGGAUGACCCCUUUGCUCAUUUUGGGAGACAGUUUGGCUUUCCAGGAGGAAUGAACAAUGGCUUUCCAGGGGAGGGCCGCAGGAGGAGGGGGGCAGCUUCAUCAGAGCGUGUGGGGACCAACCGUAAGCACCAGGAUGCUCCAGUGGUUCAUGAGCUGAAAGUCUCGCUGGAGGAGAUCUUUCACGGCUGCACCAAGCGUAUGAAGAUCACUCGUCGCAGGCUGAAUCCAGACGGGCGUAGCAUGAGGACAGAGGACAAGAUCCUCAACAUUGUCAUCAAGAAGGGCUGGAAGGAGGGGACCAAGAUUACUUUCCCAAAGGAGGGGGACGAGACCCCGGAGAACAUUCCCGCCGACAUAGUGUUUGUACUUAAAGACAGGGGGCAUGCCCACUUCAAAAGAGAUGGUUCCAAUAUCAUUUAUAACUGCAAGAUAACCCUGAAAGAGGCGCUGUGUGGCUGCACUGUUAGUAUUCCCACGCUGGAAAACCGCGUCAUCUCCCUCCCUUGCCACGACAUCAUCAAGCCAGGAACACUGAAGCGAGUCAGAGGGGAAGGCCUGCCUUUUCCUAAGAACCCGUCACAGCGCGGGGAUCUCAUCGUGGAGUUUUCUGUACGUUUUCCUGACAGGAUCCCCCCUCAGUCGCGAGAGAUUAUCAGACAGCACCUCCCCCAGUCAUAGGAGCGCACCACCAACUUACAACCCCACCCAUCAUACAGACUUAUUCACUUCUGAUAGUUUAAAUGUAAACUACAUGUUAUAGGACUUUACCAUUUAGAAACAAAUAAUCCAGAUAAAACCGUGAGGAUUAGGAUUGAAUUUAGCUUUGUAUGUGUUGUCACUUGGUCCAAGCACACACACCAGUAUCCGGAUAGUAAAGCGGUGCUGAAAAUGGGCUUUGCACAACUGUGGCUUCUACCUGACCUUCUUUUCUUAACGUUUUUUUUACUGAUUUGUCAGAGGUUUUAUAAGCUGUCCUCCUCUCUGAUCCUUGCCAUUUUGUGAAAGGAUGAGGUGUGAGGUAUUCUUUUUUUAAUUGGGAUUAUUUCACCUCGAACGUACCAGCAGAUUGAGUGUUAAAACCAGGCACAAAGCCUGACUUUUAUCUUCAACAUAGCUAACAUAGCUUUUGGCUAUAGUCUGGUUGUAAUUGUAUGGUUGACCCUCCUCAAAAUAAAUAAACAUCUGUUAGGUGAGAAGCCCCGCACUGCGCAGCAGUUCCGACUUUGGCAUGGGCCGGUUCCUGGUCUAAAGGUGUUCCAAGGUUUUAAAAGAUUUCAGUACCAGAACCUUCCCUUUAUAUCUGUCACAUGGUUUAAAGUCCUUAUGAUUUAUGCGAAGGUGCUGGUGUUGACAACACAUUUUUAUAUCUGUUUAAAACAUAAAGCAGAGCUGUGAUUUGCUCAUUUGUUGCUAAAAAUGCAGUACAUUGGCCCUCCAGGUCUGCCAAGAUAAGAGAAUUAGAUCACCAGAUGCAAUGGGCUAAAUUCAAAAGAGGGUCUGCAGGUCUUACUCUGCUGGAAAUGGAAAUAACUGUGACUCAGAUAAUGCAGCAAUAACCGCACUUUGUUUUACCAUAAUCUUUACUGACCUUUUUUACUGGUCAGCAUCAUUGAUGAUUUAAAAAUAUAAAACUGGCGGCAGGACCUACAUUUUAACCUACUCUAUGAAAUAUUUUCAAAGCAUCAACUUUCACUGAAGGCUAGUCAGCUUAUCCUUAAUUAUGUAAGAAAAAAAAAGGUAAAAUCAUUGCAAA